AUGAAGGAGAAACUUCAGGAGUACUUUGCAGCAAUAUAUUCAAGAAGUGGUGUAAAUCAGAGUGGGUUGCCAGAGGAGAAGAAGAAAGACUUCAGACAUGCCUUUAACAUGUUUGACAAAGAUAACAGCGGCUAUAUCAACACCCGAGAGCUUCUGACUAUCAUGAGAGCUUUUAAACAAGACCCAACCAAGGCAGAGGUACAACAGCUAAUGAAGCGCCUCGAUACUAACGGUAAUGGAAAAAUAGAAUAUGAAGAGUUUGAAAAAUACAUGAUUGAAAAUUAUAAGAAUCCAGAUGAAUUCCAAAACUCGAUGAUGGACGCUUUUAAGAUGUUUGAUAAAGAUGGCAGUGGAAAAAUCGACGCCGAGGAGCUAAAAGAAGCCAUGAUGAAACUAGGGGAUAAACUAUCACAGGAAGAGGCAGAGGACAUGAUUAAAACGGCCGACUUAGACAAAGACGGAAAAAUUGAUUACGAAGAAUUUAUAAGAAUGAUGCAAGAUUAAACUGCUUUUUCACCGCAACUUGGAAGCGGGAUUUUUUUUGUGACCAUACUUGUAAACAUACGUGAUUCUACAGGUAAAUACUAUAUCUGGAUUCCCUAGAGUAUACUACCAUAACUUUAUUUGGGUAUGAUUUUAAAUACUUGAUACAUCAGUGAAAUUUUACUCCAUCAACGUGACUACUGAACAGCCAGUAAUGUGUGCUACAGUUUGAAGUGUAUUCAUGCAGAGGAAAGUAGUCUUUUUCCCUCUACAUCAAUCAAACAUGAGAAUAUUUUGACCAAAUUUCAUUCAAUAAUAGUAUUUUGGAUUGCUAUUUAUUAAUGUCAUUAACAUUUAUGUA